UCAGGUUCGCUGAUAUACAACCAGACUGAUGAUGCAGGAUGGUGUUUCACUGCUAUUUGCAGUCUCUCAUGCAUUGUGGUCAAACAGCCAAUGCCCUGCCAGACCACCAUACCUUCACCCACUUCUUCAUCUUCUACACUGAAUGCUGCUACUUCUGCAAUGACAACACAACAGCAAAGCACAGCCACACCAUCACCCACAUCCGGGCUUGACUGCAACAAUGUUCAGCCACCAAGAAAGGAUGGCGAGUCAUGGCAGGUGGAAAAUUGUACUACUGCCACAUGUCAAAACGGCAUUGUUUACACACGUUAUGACUGUCCAUACUGUAAUGGUUCUGAUGGCCAACUCAGAAAGCUUGGAGAGACUUGGCAGACCAACUGUGACCAAUGUGAAUGCGAUGCCAGCUCCGUGACCAUCCAAUGCCAGCCUUUCAAGUGUCCAACCCAAGCCAACCUCACCUGCAACCUGGAGGGCCAGGUGAUAGUGACUGAGACAUUGGACUGCUGCCAGAGGAACAGAUGUGAAUGUAACGUAUCCCUGUGUCCCAAGCCUCAGCCUUGUUCACCUGGCUACACCCUUGUAACAAAAACACCUGCUGGACCUUGCUGCCCAUCCUAUGAAUGUGAACCAAAACCUGUCUGUGUUUUCAAUAACACUGAGUUCAAGGUGGGAGAAACAAUGCCCAGUGAUGACUGUGAAGUGUGCAACUGCAGCACCAACAUCGAUCCGAUAACAAAGUUGCACCUCAACAUCUGUGUUCCAAUGACCUGUGAUACUAACUGCCAGCAGGGCUUUGAGUAUCAGACUGUUCAGGGACAGUGCUGUGGUAUCUGUGUACAAUCCACCUGCAUCGCAUCCCUGCCCGAUAAUACCACACAUCUUAUUGAGCCUGGGCAGAGCUGGUCACCCGCAAAUGAUAAAUGUGUGACGUACGAGUGUGAAAAGAUCGGAGACAAGCUGACCACUGUGAAAGUCAAAGCUGUGUGCCCAGAGUUCGAUCCUGGGAACUGCAUGCCUGGUACCGAGACAACUGAUGCGGAUGGCUGUUGCCAGACCUGUACCCCAAUUCAGAAUUGCAACUUAAUGAAGAACAGCAGCAUCCUGGUGCACAACACAUGUCAAUCCGCAGAUCCUGUAGAGCUGUCCUCAUGCACGGGAUAUUGCGGGACGUAUUCCCUGUACUCUGCUAACGCAAAUGACUUGGUCCACUCCUGCUCCUGCUGUCAGGAGACAUCUGUCAGCAAGAAGCAGGUACAGCUGGUCUGCCCAGAUGGAUCAACGAUGGACUACACAUACACCUACAUUGAGAGCUGUAGCUGCAGCCCUGUGAACUGUGCCACGACGGCUGCAGGAAAGUGAGAGGAAAUACUGCUUAUUUAAUCCCUUAAAAUGUCUCAGUCGUGAACAUUAGCUUUGUUUCUUUUUUUUAGCUGUCUUUGGCCAUGCUUCUUAAUAUUAAACAUUAUGUGUUUUAACUGUUAAAGGUAUAUUAACAAAAGUAAAAAUGCAGCCCCAAUAGCACUACUCCGCUUUCCUGUAUUUGCUUCUCAAUAAACUGUAGCUGUGCAAAUCCCA